CGAAAAUAACUGACAUAUAGUGGUACUUAUCAUCGCUUAAAACAUUAGAUUUGAUAUAUAAAAUGACUUUGAAAUCAAAUAUUUCUUACACCAAUUGACUCAGUCUUGUCGAGUAGAGUCUCAAUACAGACCUUUCCAUACAAUAAUGAUCACAAGAGCGCUGUCAGCCAUGAUCUUCAGCUAUAUCUGUAUAUUGUUUUUAGUCUUCAUAUCUUCUUCCACUGCAUUCCGCGAUCCAAACACUUAUCUGUCAUCAUAUGGUCCGACAUAUGACUCGCACCGUAUCGACACCCGCUCUUCCCGACGAUACUGCGGCAGUGAAAUCACCCGAACCCUCAACUUCUUGUGCGAGAGCUAUAAUAAGAGGAACUCAUACUCCGUAGGAAUCGACAGAAAUGAUGAUCUGGAGAAUGAGAACAAUUCAUCAGAUGAUGGAAGCAAAUACUCGUUAGCUUUGGUCCAUUUGCUGAGAAAUAACAAUGAUUUGCGGUAUUAUAGGCGACAAAUCAGAGGUGUUGUCGACGACUGUUGUAAGAGAUCGUGUACUACCACUCAAUUGUCACAAUACUGUGAUGUGGUCAGGAUUGCCACCACAACCCCCGGUUCAAGUGAUUAAGUCUUUACUGAUUUCUAAGCUGUGAUGAGCGCUAUGGUUAGAGACGAGACAUUAUUUCCUUAACUGUUAAAAUAAAUGAUCUUUAUUAAAAAUCUUCUCAAAAUGAGCAG